GCGGGGCCGCGGGCCUGGGACCCGCCACCGCCGCCGCCGCCUGGGCCGGGAUGUAGGAGCCGCCAGCCAGUCCCCUGUCCUGUCCGGCCCGAGCCCCGCGGGCCGCCGCCGCCGCCGCCGCCGCCGCCGCCGCCGCCAUGAAGAAGCAAUUCAACCGCAUGAAGCAGCUGGCCAACCAGACCGUGGGCAGAGCCGAGAAGACAGAAGUCCUCAGUGAAGAUCUGUUACAGAUCGAGAGGCGUCUGGACACGGUGCGCUCGGUGUGCCACCAUUCCCACAAGCGCCUGAUCGCCUGCUUCCAGGGCCAGCACGGCACCGACCCCGAGAGGAGACAUAAAAAACUCCCCCUGACAGCGCUGGCCCAGAAUGUGCAGGAAGCAUCCAGUCAGCUGGAAGACUCUCUCCUGGGGAAGAUGCUGGAGACGUGUGGAGACGCUGAGAACCAGCUUGCUUUUGAACUUUCUCAGCACGAAGUCUUUGUGGAGAAGGAGAUUGUGGACCCUCUGUACACCAUAGCCGAGAUGGAGAUUCCCAACAUCCAGAAACAGAGGAAACAGCUCGCUAAAUUGGUGUUGGACUGGGAUUCGGUCAGAGCCAGGUGGAACCAGGCUCACAAAUCCUCAGGAACCAACUUUCAGGGGCUUCCAUCCAAAAUAGACACCCUCAAGGAAGAGAUGGACGAAGCCGGAAAUAAAGUAGAACAGUGCAAGGAUCAACUUGCAGCAGACAUGUACAACUUCAUGGCCAGAGAAGGAGAAUACGGCAAAUUCUUUGUGACGUUAUUAGAAGCCCAAGCAGAUUACCAUAGAAAAGCAUUAGCUGUCUUAGAAAAGGCCCUUCCUGAAAUGCGAGCCCAUCAAGAUAAGUGGGCGGAGAAGCCGGCCUUCGGGACGCCCUUAGAAGAACACCUGAAGCGCAGUGGGCGGGAGAUCGCACUGCCCAUCGAAGCCUGCGUCAUGCUGCUCCUGGAGACGGGCAUGAAGGAGGAGGGCCUUUUCCGAAUUGGGGCCGGGGCCUCCAAGUUAAAGAAACUGAAAGCUGCCUUAGACUGUUCUACGUCUCACCUGGAUGAGUUCUAUUCAGAUCCCCAUGCUGUGGCAGGUGCCUUAAAGUCUUACUUACGGGAACUGCCUGAACCUCUGAUGACUUUUAAUCUGUAUGAAGAGUGGACGCAAGUUGCAAGUGUGCAGGAUCAAGACAAAAAACUCCAGGAUUUAUGGAGAACAUGUCAGAAGCUGCCACCACAAAAUUUCGUUAACUUUAGGUAUUUAAUCAAAUUCCUUGCAAAGCUUGCUCAGACCAGUGACAUUAAUAAAAUGACCCCCAGCAACAUUGCAAUCGUGUUAGGCCCUAACUUGUUAUGGGCCAAAAACGAAGGAACGCUGGCUGAAAUGGCAGCCGCCACAUCUGUCCACGUGGUCGCGGUCAUCGAACCUAUCAUUCAGCACGCGGACUGGUUCUUCCCUGAAGAGGUGGAAUUCAACGUCUCCGAAGCAUUUGUGCCUCUCGCCACCCCCAAUUCCAAUCAUGCCUCCCACACCGGAAAUGACUCUGACUCCGGGACCCUGGAGAGGAAGCGGCCUGCCAGCAUGGCGGUGAUGGAAGGCGACUUGGUGAAGAAGGAGAGCUUUGGUGUGAAGCUAAUGGACUUCCAGGCCCACCGGCGGGGUGGCACUCUAAAUAGAAAGCACAUAUCCCCUGCUUUCCAGCCGCCACUCCCGCCCACGGAUGGCAGCGCCUUGGCUCCAGCGGGCCCAGAGCCCCCUCCCCCGAGCUCUAGGGCUGAAAGCAACGCAGGGGGUGGGACUGUCCCCAACUCUGCGGGCACGCUGGAGCAGGGGCCGAGCCCGGGCGAAAGCAGUCCUCCGAAACCCAAGGAUGCUACAGCCACAGGUGCCCCAGCACCAGGGAGAAACAGCAGUCAGAUGGCCACUGGCCCCAGCCAGGCCCAGCCUGCCACCAGCUCCCAUCAGCUCUCGGUGGGCCCAGCGCACAAUUCCGCCGGCCCAAGCCCUCACACCAUGCGCCGAGCUCUGAAGAAGCCGGCUCCAGCACCCCCGAAGCCAGGAAACCCACCACCCGGUCACGCGGGCGCCCAGAGUUCCCCGGGAGCCGCCCAGCACCCCCCCAGCCUGUCCCCCAAGCCCACCACCCGCAGCCCCUCUCCACCCACCCAGGGUCCCGGCCAGCCCGGCGGCCCCACGCACCGCCGCCACUCCAGCAGCCAGGCCCCGCUCCAGGCACCCAGCCAUCCGCCCCCGCAGCCCCCUACCCUGGGACCCGGCAAGCCCGGUGCCCAAGGCACCCCCAGCGAGCACGGACUGGAGCCACCCACACCCACUCCUCCCCAGACACCCACGCCCCCCAGCACCCCGCCUUUAGGCAAGCAGAGCCCGGCGCUGACUAACCCCGAGGGCGCUCAGCCACAGACUGGAACCCUGCCGAGGCCCAGACCGGUGCCCAAGCCCAGGAACAGACCCAACAUGCCUCCUCCCCCGCACCCGCCCGGAGGCACCCACCUUGCGGGGGACGGCACCCUCACCCACGCAGCACCCACCGCCUCCAAAAUCGUGACGGACACCAACUCUAGGGUUUCCGAACCGCUUCGCAGCCUCUUCCCCGAAAUGGUCACAGACCCCAGCAAAGACUUGCCAGGCCGUAUCCUGCUGGACAUGGACAAUGACACAGAGAGCACCGCCCUGUGAGGACGGCCACCGAGCACACAGCGAGAAAGCUUCCAGCAGAGGGACAAGCAGCACCCGGCCGCCACUGGAAGCUGAAUGACCUGUGGCUUGGAGAAGUUGGCUCUCCCAAUUAAUCAUGCCAAAAACAAAAACAGAAAAAAAGAAUGAACAGAGUGGGAAGAGCGUUCUUGAAGCUUUUGCCACUGCUGCUGCUAACAUGCCGGCAGCACCAAGGGCAGCCGGAAAUGAAUCCAAAGCAACGAACGUGGUGACUGUCUAGUUAAUAAGAUGCAUACAGGCUGCCCCACUUCCCGCUACCUGAACUUUUAUCUUGGGUGUGUGUGUGGGGGGUCCUCUCCUUCAGACAGACGUGCUGCAGAAUCAUCCCUUUGUAUGGAGUAUAUACGGCCCUCUGUGUCCCCCCCCCCUCACUCCCAACCCCCCUCCCCCCAGAACCAUGAGCUUGGAUGGUGACUGCUGGCUCCUUCACCUCGGCAGACUGGCUGUGACCCUUGCCCUGUUGGAUUGCCGGAGUGUAGAGACAUCCUGUCUCUUCUCCAUUUUUUUUUUUAACAAUGUAAUUGCUACUUGAUAAGGACCGAACAUUAUUUUAGUUUCAUGUUUAAUUUGAAUUAAAUAUAUUCUAUGGUUUA